GGUCUGAUGAUGCCGAUCGACCUCGGGGCCAAGGGCAGCUGCCUGAUCGGUGGCAACGUCUCCACCAACGCCGGAGGCUUGAGGCUACUGCGCUACGGCAAUCUUCAUGGGAACGUCCUGGGACUCGAGGCUGUGAUGGCCAACGGCAAGGUGAUAGAUUGCCUGAACACGAUGAAGAAGGACAACACGGGCUACCACCUGAAGCACUUGUUCAUCGGGUCGGAGGGUACAUUGGGCAUCGUGACAAAAGUGUCGAUUCAGUGUCCCACCCUACCCAAGGCACUGAACGUCGCCUUUCUCGUUGUCAAAGAAACUGCAACACAGGACGUUGUAGUUGUCAAAAGGCUGGUCUUCCUUGCUCCCGUGUGUCCAAGUAAUAAUGACCAUGACGACGGAAAUAUUUGCGACAGUGUCGAAAACAUCGAAGAAGAAGUUGUGGAUAUUGAAGUCGAUUCAGAUUAA